UUGAUUAGUUGCAUUACAUUCUCGGACUGGGCUGAACUUCGGUCUGGACUUCUCUAGUCAUAUCGAAUAUCGGCGUAGGGGGUGGGUAACUUAAGCAUUGUGCGCAUGUCUUAAAGGUCUUGCAGGAAAGUUGGUACAUUGACUGCUUGGGGAGUUAACAGAGAGGAGAAUCGUGGAGGACAAGGGAGCUCGCCGUUACCUUGACAUCACUGGCAAGCCUGAAGGCAAAACUACGGAAUUGUGAAAUCAUCGUUUUGCUUCAAAAUGUUUCAUAUAGCGGUGCUUUUAUUAAUGAGCGCCCAAGCCCUGGGCCAACUGCCGGAGCUGGGCGAUGUCUGCACACACGGGAGCUGCUACCCUGCCACCGGCGAUCUCCUUAUCGGACGCGCUCACCAGCUAUCAGCCACCUCUACUUGCGGCGUUGUCAAACCCGAACCUUUCUGUAUCGUCAGUCACCUGCAGGAUGUGAAGAAGUGUUUUGUCUGUGAUUCCACCGAGUCCUACAGCGAGAAGAUGCGGCACACCACCAGUCACAGGAUCGAGAAUGUGGUGACAACUUUUGCCCCCAACCGCCUGAAAACCUGGUGGCAGUCAGAGAAUGGUGUGGAACAUGUAACCAUCCAGCUGAAUCUGGAAGCCGAGUUUCACUUUACACAUCUCAUCAUGACCUUCAGGACGUUCCGUCCUGCAGGUAUGGCGAUUGAGCGGUCUUCUGACUUUGGAAAGACCUGGCAAGUAUACCGCUACUUUGCCUACGACUGUGAAACAACCUUCCCAUUGGUUUCCAACGGGCCAAUGAAGAAAGUGGAUGAGGUCAUCUGUGAUUCCCGUUACUCUGACAUCGAGCCGUCAACAGAGGGCGAGGUCAUCUUCCGAGUUCUGGAUCCUGUAUUCAGGAUUGAUGAUCCAUACAGUCCCCGAAUUCAAAAUAUGCUGAAGAUCACCAACCUCAGAGUCAACUUCAUCCGACUUCACACGCUGGGGGACAACCUGCUGGACCCGCGCAGCGAGAUCAAGGAGAAGUACUACUACUCUCUGUACGACAUGGUGGUCAGGGGAAACUGUUUCUGCUAUGGCCAUGCGUCGGAGUGCGCGCCCGUAGAAGGGGUGGAGGAGACAGAGGGCAUGGUUCAUGGCCACUGUGUGUGCAACCACAACACCAAGGGGUUGAACUGUGAGCGAUGCCAAGACUUCUAUCAUGACCUGCCCUGGAAGCCCGCUGAAGGACGCAACACCCAUGCUUGCAAAAAGUGUAAGUGCAACCACCACUCCGACACGUGCCACUUUGACAUGGCGGUGUUCAUGGCGUCCGGCAAUGUGACCGGAGGUGUAUGCAACGAGUGCCAGCACAACACCAUGGGGAACAACUGUGAGCAGUGCAAGCCUUUCUUCUACCAGCACCACGAGCGAGACAUACGAGACCCCAACAUCUGCGAGCCUUGUAACUGUGACCCAGUGGGAUCUCUGAAUGGAGGGAUCUGCGAUGCUCUAACGGAAGUCUCGACUGGCUUGAUCGCUGGCCAGUGUCGCUGUAAGCCCAAUGUGGAGGGAGAGCGCUGUGACCAGUGCAAACAAGGGCACUACGGCCUCAGCGAUGACCCUCAGGGAUGCAAGCCUUGUACCUGCAAUGCUCUUGGGACGGUUCCUGGAGGAAGCCCUUGUGAGACCGACACCGGAAGCUGCUACUGCAAGCGUCUGGUCCGUGGGAGAAACUGUGACCAGUGUAUGCCCCAACACUGGGGCCUGAGCAAUGACAUGGAUGGCUGUCGCCCGUGUGACUGUGACCUCGGGGGAGCUCUCAACAAUGAUUGUUCUGCAGAGACAGGCCAGUGUCAGUGUCGGGAGCACAUGUUUGGCCGGAGCUGUGAACAGGUGGAGUCGGGAUUCUACUUCAUCGGCCUGGACCAUUACACUUACGAAGCAGAGGAUGCCAAGUUUGGGCCUGGCGUGACGGUGGUGCAGAGGCCCCACCCUCUAGACCGGAACCCUACCUGGACCGGCGUUGGGUUUGUGAACGUUCCUGAGGGGGCCUACCUGGAGUUCAACAUCGACAACCUCCCACACUCCAUGGAGUAUGACGUCCUCAUCCGCUAUGAACCGCAGUUGCCGGAGCAGUGGGAAGAGGUGUUGAUGACUGUCAUCAGGCCCGGCGUGAUCACAGCAGACAGCAGAUGUGCAAACACAAUGCCAGAGGACGACAACCAGCGAUCGUCUCUCCAUCCUGGGUCCAGGUAUGUGGUGCUUCCCAGGCCAGUGUGCCUAGAAGCUGGGCUGAACUACACCGUCCGCCUCAGUCUGCCUCUCUACUCCGCCCUCAGUGACAUCCAGUCCCCCUACACCCUCAUAGAUUCAAUUGUGCUGAUGCCUCACUGUAAGAACCUGGACAUGUUCUCCGGCUCGGAGGGAGGGGACCUGGUGAACAAUAACGCCUGGGACACCUUCCAGCGCUACAGGUGUCUGGAGAACAGCCAGGGUGUGGUGAAGACCCCCAUGACUGAUAUCUGCAAGGACUACAUCUUCAGUGUGUCUGCACUCUUACACUCAGGAGCUAAAGCCUGUCAGUGUGAUCCCAUGGGCUCGCUCAGCACCGUGUGUGACCCCAACGGGGGACAGUGUCAGUGCCGUCCCAACGUGAUGGGGAGGAACUGUGAGAAAUGUGCCCCAGCCACCUUCCUCUUCGGACCAUCUGGCUGCAGAGCGUGUGAGUGUAACCCUCAAGGCUCACUCCACUCCUUCUGCCACGAGGCCAUUGGUCAGUGCGAGUGCGUCCCCGGAGCUUACGGCCGACAGUGUGACCGCUGCCUGCCUGGUCACUGGGGCUUCCCCAAUUGUCGGCCCUGCACGUGUAACGGCCACGCUGACCAGUGCGACGCCCACACGGGAGAGUGCCUGGGCUGCCGGGAACAAACCACGGGGCACAACUGCGAGAGGUGUCUCACUGGUUACUAUGGUGAUGCCGUUCUUGGAUCUGGGGACCACUGCCGCCCAUGCAUGUGCCCCGAUGGGCCUGGGAGUAAUCGCCAGUUUGCUGGGGGGUGCUACAAGAGCCCUGAUGCCUACCAGGUGUUCUGCGUCUGCAGUCCUGGAUAUAAAGGUGCCAGGUGUGAUGAGUGUGCCCCUGGUUACUAUGGCAAUCCUCACGAGGUGGGUGGGCAGUGUCUCCCAUGCCAGUGCAACGGCAACAUCGACAUGAUGGACCCCGGCUCCUGCGACGCCAGCUCCGGUGUCUGUCUCAAAUGCCUGCAUCACACAGAGGGCCAAGACUGCAGUCGCUGUAAGCUGGGUUACCAUGGCAACGCCCUCACCCAGAGCUGUAGAAAAUGCAUCUGCAACCACCAAGGCACUGCCCAGCAGUCGUGCCCCUCGCUGGGAGACUGCCACUGUGACCUCUCGAGUGGGCAGUGCCAGUGUCUACCCAACGUGGUGGGGCAGCACUGCGACCUGUGUGCGCCCGACACCUGGAACAUGGCCAGCGGGACAGGCUGUGAGGACUGUGCCUGCAGCCCAGAGCACUCGUACGGCACCUCCUGUAAUGAGAUCACAGGCCAGUGUUCCUGCAAGGCUGGCUUUGGUGGAAGAACAUGCCACGAGUGCAGGGAGUUAUUUUGGGGAAAUCCGGAGAUGAAGUGUCACGCUUGUGACUGCGACCGCAGGGGCAUUGCGGAGCCCCAAUGCAACAAGGCCACGGGUCACUGUGUGUGUGUGGAGGGUGUGUCAGGCCCCAGGUGUGAUACCUGCGCUCGGGGAUACUCUGGAGAGUUCCCCAACUGCGUGCGCUGCCACCAGUGCUUUGCUGAGUGGGAUGUGAUUGUCGGGGAGCUCACCAACCAGACCCACCGGCUGGUGCAGAAGGUCAACACCAUCAAGGCCAGCGGCAUCACCGGCCCGUACCAGAAGACUAUAGACAGCUUCCAGAAGAGUGCCAGCUCCAUCCGAAACCUCCUGGCGCAGAACCCGGCCACCCAGCCCCUGACGGAAAUCCAGCACCUUAUGGAGCAAGCCACGGAUCUGGUGAGAGACAUGACCAACCGGUUGAACCUGACUGAAGAGGCUCUGUCCAGGAGUUCCCUUGAUAACAAUGUGACGGACACUAAACUGGAGGCACUCAAAGAGGACGCCCACAAACUGGAGCUAACUGCCAAGGAGCUUCUGGAACACGUUGAGUUUGUCAAGAACUCUGAUGUCCGUGGAGCCACAGAUAGCAUCACCAAAUAUUUCCAGCAAUCUGUGUCGGCGGAGGCUCGGGCCAACGCCUCUAGCAGCGAUCCAAACAGCACCGUGGAGCAGUCGGCCACCCUGCGUCAGACAGUGGAGCAGAGGAUGAACGAGACGGGAGAUGAAUUUAAAAACAGGCAAGAGGAACACGCCACCAGGCUGGAUGAUCUGGCCGGGCAGCUAGAGACUCUCAGUCUAGCAGAGCUGAGCGAAAAGACGUGCGGUGUCCCUUCCGGCUCCGAGGCCUGUGCAGACUCACCGUGCGGAGGUCUCAGCUGCAUGGACGCUGAGGGGAAGAGGAGGUGUGGUGGGGAGGGCUGCGACGGCUUGGUGGGACUGGCCUCCAGUGCCAGGCAGAAGGCCAAGGACUUUGAGAAAGACAUCGUCAGUGCGAUGGAGGAGGUGGAAAAGCUCUCAAAGCUGGUUUCCGAGGCGAAGGUCAAGGCAGACAGAGCCAAAGUGAGCGCUCAGGGCGUCCUCCUGAAGACCAACGAGACCAAGCAGCGCGUGGACCGGAGCAACGAGGAGCUCCGCAACCUCAUCAAGCAGAUCCGCGACUUCCUUACUCAGGACGGAGCUGACCUGGAGAGCAUUGAGGCCGUGGCCAAUCAGGUUCUGGAGAUGCAGAUGCCCACCACCCCGGCCCAGCUGCAGAAUCUGACUAAUGAGAUCCGUGAGCGUGUGGGCAGUCUGUCUGAUGUGGAGGACAUCCUCAACCAGAGCGCCGCCGACAUCCAGCGCGCAGAGGGCCUGCUGGAACAGGCCCGCAAGGCCAGCAAAGAAGCCACGGAUGUCCGGGACACAGCAGUGAUCGUGAAAGAGGCGCUGGAGCAGGCUGAGAAGGCCCAGAACGCAGCGACUGAGGCCAUCAAGCAGGCCACCAGUGACAUCGAAGGCACCCAGGAUCUCAUCGUCUCUGUGGAAUCUGAAACAGCUGAUUCUGAGUUCAGGCUGAAUAACGCCACGCAGAGACUGCACCACCUGGAGAAAGGUGUGGCCCUGCUGAAGGAGAAGGCCCACAACACCACCAGCACUGCUGAGAAGACGGACCAGGAUAUGAAGCACGUCAACCAAGUGGCCGACCAGGUCAAAAAGGACCUGGACUCUGACGUUAAGGACAAGUACAGCACAGUGGAGGGACUGAUAACGCAGAAAGCAAGUGGGAUCUCUGAUGCCAAGAGGAGGGCCCAGAUGCUGCAGCAGGAGGCCAAAGACCUGCUCUUACAAGCCAGCGACAAGCUGAAGCUCCUCAAAGACUUGGAAAAGUCUUAUGAGGACAACCAGAAGACAAUGGAGGACAAGGCCAAUCAGUUGGUGGACUUAGAGAAGGCCGUGCGAGAACUGCUCCAGGAGAUCAGCCAUAAAGUCACAGUUUACAGCACCUGUCUGUUUUAACAACAACGGCAAGAGAGGCCAUCACUAAUAAAGGCUGAUUUUGAACAAGUUGAAUGCCAUUUUAUGCAAUAAAGUACAAUUUUAUAGAAA